UUGUGUAUCAAAUUUAUCACCCUUAAUAUUAUGGUCUCAGGCUUCUUUGACCAGGGCUUGAGUGGUUGCUCUGGCCAGAAGGUUCUUUGGUAGAGGCACUCCUCCUGCUGCCCCACCCAGUAGGUGACUGAAUUACUCAGAUGUGAAGAUCAUCUUCUAGGUUUUGUAUAAAAGGCCCUGGCUAUUUCAAGUGGCCAUUUUGGAAUUACAGUGUUUUUGGAUAAUUUUGCCCCAGAAGUUUAUUAAAAUUGUCAAGAAUCAUCUCUGAAGUGAAUUGAUAGUGCUGUCAAUUCAACAAGCUACUCUACUCAGUAAGAGACCCAGACAUUUCAUCAGUAUUUUGCUUCAGACGGAUUAUGUAACUGGCUAAUGUAUUUCAGGUGGUGCCCCCCCCCCCGCCUCCUGUUGGUAUUCUUCAGCCAAAACUGUAAGAUAUGAUUGAUUUGUGUACUGAGUAGUUUCAGCAGUUUCAAAUUACAGUUUAAAUAGUGCUGAAGUUUAAUGGCAAUUUAUUUUCACCUUCAUUAAAAGUUUUAGGGAUUUUUCUGACCUUGAUCCUUUUCAUGUCUCAAUGGAACAGCUUUUCUAAAUGAAGACAUUGAAAGAAUACAGAGUAUUUUUCUUUUCAUCUUUUACUUAGGUGGAAAUUGAAGAUGUUGCAGUUUCCCACCAGUGUGGUAGUAUUGAGAUAGCUAUUUGUAUUUGCGUGCCAAAGUUUAAGACUGCUCUUCAGAUGUGAAAUUUUCUUUUUGUUUCUACUUUUUGGCUCAUAACUUGGAUGUUUCUUCUGGAGUAGGAUAAGUACAACAGUGAAAAGUACAUGGAAUAAUAAAAAUAAAGACUUUGAUCUUAAAUCCAAGGAACUUGGCUAAUUUUGGAGAUAGCCAUAUGAAAACUUUAAAACAGAAAUAUGGGUAGCAGACUUGAAAUAACUAUGUCAAAUAGUCAUAGGUUAAGUAUCUUCAAAGAACUUGGAUAUUUCAGAGGAAACAGUAAACAAACUAGAAAACAUAAGGAUUACAGAGAAAAAAAUCAACACCUGGUACAGUCCUGUUGGAAUUUGAACUUGACUUGGGGUGUUGAAGCCUUGUUUCACUGUGUCGGAGAGACUGGACCUAAAUGGCACAGCAUGACUUUUCUCUGGCCUGGCUUAAUUUUCCUACUUCACCAUCAUCAACAAAAUCAUCACUGAAUUUUGAGAAAUAUCCUGAAAAUUUUUCAUGGACAGAAAAUCAAUAUGAUGUGAACCGUUGACGACAUAAUUCUUCAGAUGGCUUUGAAUCUGGUAUUGGGCGUCCUAAUGGAGGUACCUUUGGAAGGAAAGAAAAAAAUGGAUGGUGUACACAUGGUAGAAAUGCUACCGAAAACAUAAAUCACCAAGGGGGAUGCCAUGGUGGAAAUUCUCGUUCUUGUAGCAAGCAGUAUUUUCCAUUCUGAAAAAAGCCAAGGACUACGUGAAAACAACAUACCUGACAAUGAAACUGGGAGGAAAGAAAACGAAAGGAAGCAAAAACAGUUUGAGGCUGAGGACUUUCCAUCUUUAAAUCCUGAAUAUGAAAGAGAACCAAAUCGGAAUAAAUCUUUAGCUGCAGGUGUAUGGGGCCUACACACCCAGACACACAUACCUAACCAAAAUAAUCUCCCAAGGUCCUCUCUUAGAAUAUCCUCCAAAUCCUAAUCUAGAGCUCCAAGAAUGCUGGUCAUUAAGAAAGGUAAUACAAAAGAUUUACAGCUAUCUGGAUUCCCAGUAGUAGGAAAUCUUCAGUUGCAGUCAGUUAAGAAUGGAACUGGUCCAAGUGUUUAUAAAGGCUUAGUCCCUAAGCCUGCUGCUCCACCUACAGAACCUAUACAGUGUAAAAGCCAAACUAAAGAAAAUAAAGCUGGAACUUCUUUCCCUCAUGAGUCUGCAUAUAGUGUUGGCAACUUCAGUGCUUUUAAAUCAGCUGCCAAGAAUUUUAGUCCAUCAACCAAUUCAGUGAAAGAGUGUAAUCAUUCAAAUUACUCUUUGCCUGUUGACAAACUUAAUCAACAGCCUCGUCUAACCAAACUGACACAAAUGCGCACUGCUAAGAAGUGUGAAUUUUUGAAAGCAUUGAAAAGGGACAGAGUAGAAGAACAUGAAGAUGAAAGCCAUGCUGGCUCAGAGAAGGAUGAAGACUCAUUCAAUUUGCAUAACAGCAAUAGUACUCAUCAAGAAAGGGAUAUAAAUAGAAACUUUGCUGAAAAUGAGAUUCCUCAAGAGAAUGACAAUGCCUCAGUAAUUUCCCAACAGAUAAUUUGAUCUUCAACCUUCCCACAAACUGAUAUUCUUUCCAGUUCACUUGAGGCAGAACACAGGUUGUUGAAGGAGAUGGGCUGGCAGGAGGACAGUGAAAAUGAUGAAACAUGUGCUCCCUCAACUGAGGAUGAAAUGAGAGAAUUCCAAGUUAUUAGUGAACAGUUACAGAAGAAUGGUCUCAGAAAAAAUGGUAUUUUGAAAAAUGGCCUGAUCUGUGACUUCAAGUUUGGACCCUGGAAAAACAGCACUUUUAAACUCACAAUUGAGAACGAUGACACAGUGACAAGUAGCAGUGACACAUCAGAUGACGAUGAUGUGUGAAGGAUUUCCUAACAGCUUUAGAAAUUUUAGUGUGAUACAUCUCUCAUGCAGUUUGGGGUGAAUUGUAAAAAUGAAGAACUAUAAUUUAUGUAGCAAAAUACCCCAUUAGAAGAUGAUUUUGGGGGGACUUCAGUAUGAAGAAAACCAAGAAUCCAAUUGGGUUGGGCUGUGUUGAACAUUAUUUCUUUCUAAAUCAAUGUUGUAGAAAUGAGGACUUCGGUUGAUCCAGCAUUGUCUUUCUUCAUCAUUGCAGCAUUUCUCUGACUAGCAAUGUGACGAUGUAACAAAUGAGAGUUUCUCAUUUAAUAAUAAAAAAUUUUGUAAUGUUU